CACAAUUUCAUCGACCAUGUCGGCACCACGGAUCCGCGCGAGCCUUGCUUCGCAUCGCAACACUCUCUUUUCUCUUGCCCAGACUUGCAGUACGCCAACUCACCUAUCCUUCCACUCUUCCUCCCGAGCCAAACAUCUCCGAUUCUCUCGUCCUUGACCCGCGCAUUCUCUUCAACCCCUGCAACCCAGUCUUGGCUACUUCCUCGUGCCGGCGCGAACAAGAAAGACCGCAAAGGACGACCUCGUGUACCCACCGGCGGCAGCACUCGCGGCACCACCGUCGUCUGGGGCGACUACGGCCUGCGCCUACUCGACCACGACCGUCGCAUUAGCGCCGCACAGCUCAAGAUUGGCGAAGAUGUCAUCCGUAAACGUCUGCGUGGAAUGAAGUACCGCCUCUACACACGCAUUUCGGCCAACAUUGGUGUAUACACUUCCGGCAACGAAUCGCGUAUGGGAAAAGGAAAGGGUAGUUUCGACUACUGGGCUUCGCGUGUCGCUGUCAGCAAGAUCAUCUUCGAACUCAAGGGCGAGUUGCACGAGCAGGUUGUCAAGGAUGCUUUCAGGCUGGCUGGAAACAAGUUGCCUGGACUGUACGAGUUUGUGCGUGCUGGAGACCCGCCAGUCAUGGGCAUCACAAAGCUUGGUAACGGUGUUACUGAGGAGUCGCUGAGGAGGCCGAGACGUGAAUUGCCUCCUCCCAGCAUUGAUCAGUCUGCCAACCGCAUGCCUGAAUCUCCUUCGCCG